AUGCUACGUGCCUGUUCUCGACUUCGACUUCGACUUGCACCAAUCUGGAAACGUUGCACGGAGCCACCAACCCCUUGUCAGCACCUUAUGAAGAGAAGCUUUGACACUUUUGUGGGACGUCACCCUUCUUCUUCCCCUUCCGAGAUGGCUGCCACCACCCACACCACCAUCGUGGCCUCGACUGUUCACCCGAAGUUUAGCCUUACCGCUAAAGAGAGGCAGCUCAGGGACCUCUUAGUCGACGUUGCUGCCUUCAUCGAUGCGGCUGGCCGUUCGCCGGAGCCUCUUGUACUUCGAUGGGCGGGAGGAUGGGUUCGCGACAAGCUACUCGGUAUCGAGAGCCACGACAUCGACACCGCCAUCAAUGCCAUGACCGGCUAUGCUUUUAGCUUGGAGCUACGUGACUACUGUGCGCAACAUGCCCAUACUGAGAAGCACAACAUUGGCCCGGACGAUAUGGGCAGCCUUCACAGGAUUGCUGCCAACCCCGACAAGUCCAAGCACCUCGAAACCGCCACCACACGCAUGUUUGGCCUUGACGUUGACUUCGUCAACUUGCGCAAGGAGACAUACACUCAGGACAGCCGCAACCCGACGAUGGAAUUUGGCACUGCCGAGGAAGACGCUCUGCGCCGAGAUGCCACCAUCAACGCACUCUUCUACAACUUACAUACCGGCCUAGUGGAAGACUUUACAGGCGGUCUUGCAGACAUGGAGUCUCGCCUGGUUCGCACUCCUAUGGAACCAUUCCAGACCUUCACCGACGACCCUCUCAGAGUACUAAGGUUGGUACGAUUUGCCAGUCGUCUUGACUUUUCCAUUGACACUGCCGCCACUGCCGUCAUGGCCGACGCCCGCGUCCUAGACGCACUGAGGCUCAAGAUCAGUCGCGAGAGAGUCGGUGUUGAGAUGGAGAAGAUGCUGAAGGGCAGUCGCCCACGUAGUUCUUUGGACCUGAUUCGCACCUUGGGCCUAUACAAUGCCAUUUUCACAGAUCCGAAUGGUAUGGAGCACCCGCGGCCAGAUCUCUCCAAGUGGCAGCUGGUCUACGAUCUCCUCGACGGUCUUAUUCGCGACAGAGCCCCGGGAUCGAUUUAUGAUAUUCUCGUCAAGUCGGACGAGGCCGCAUACUUCGCCUGGAACCUCGCGGCCAUCACCCCCUAUGCCCACGUGGAGAAGGAAAUCUCCCUAUCAAAGGCCAGGGUGACUCUGCCGUUGACGACGCUGGUGGCUCGAGAAGGUAUCAAAGCUCCAAAUAGACUCUGCGAUGUUAUCACUGCAGCGCAUCGCCAUCGACAUGACAUUGCUGCCUUGAAGCAAGGCAUUUGUGCUAAGGGUCCAGUGGCCACCGAACGGGACAAAGUCGGCAUGGCGGUCCGCAAGUGGGACAACCAGGGGGGUUACUGGCGCGUCCAGGUGCUAUAUGCUCUGCUUGUUGAAGCUUCGGAAAAGCUGACGCCUGAUUCCGAUGUUGACACCGUUGUUUUCAUCUCUGGCUGGAAGUCAUUUCUGGAUCAUUUGGCGGACCUAGACGUCAUGGAUGCGCCGUCUCUCAGGCGCCUGGUCGAUGGCCGCAUGCUAGCCAAGGAGCUUGGGGUUCGCCCGGGUAAGUGGAUGGGGCAAGCCUUGGACGUGUGUGUCGCCUGGCAGCUUCGCCAUCCAGACGAAACAGAUCCGACCGGGGCAAUCGAUGAGGUACGGCGCCGAGCUGGCGAAUUGGGGAUUGGAGGCAUGAUGCGAGGACAGCCAUCAUGA